UUGCUGAAGCCUCCUAGCAAGAGGGCAAGAGUUGGGGAGCAGAAGACGGCUGUUUCCUCCUUAAGAAAGAGAGCAGCCCAGCAGGCGGGUGGAACGAUCAGGUCACGUUUCCCAGGAGACGGAUGAAGCCCAGGAGACGCCAGAGUCCUUAUGCGCAUGCGCAUGAUCGCGACCUCGCCUCCUCAAGCCACGCUCAUGGGGAGAGGGCGGGGCCUGCUUGCGGGCAGAAGGAAGUAGGCGAAACCUCGCUUUCUGGCGGGCGCUGGUGUGACGUAAGCACCGCGCGCCCUGCGGCCUAGGCAAAAGCGGUGCCGGUCCAGCCAGUGGAAGUGGCUGUGCGACCCUUCGUUCCCUCGCGCUUCUCGUAGACUCAGCCCCGGCUUGGCUCGGCACGGCUUGGCCAUGGCCAGCGACUUCUACCUGCGCUACUACGUGGGGCACAAGGGCAAGUUCGGCCACGAGUUCCUGGAGUUCGAGUUCCGGCCCGAUGGAAAAUUGAGGUAUGCCAACAACAGCAAUUACAAAAAUGAUGUCAUGAUCAGAAAAGAGGCUUAUGUUCAUAAGAGUGUGAUGGAGGAACUGAAGAGAAUAAUAGAUGACAGUGAAAUCACAAAAGAAGAUGAUGCUUUGUGGCCUCCCCCAGACAGGGUGGGUCGGCAGGAGCUUGAAAUUGUGAUCGGAGACGAACACAUUUCUUUUACCACAUCCAAAAUUGGCUCCCUUAUUGAUGUGAACCAGUCCAAGGAUCCUGAAGGUUUGCGAGUGUUUUAUUACCUGGUCCAGGACCUUAAGUGUUUAGUCUUCAGUCUCAUCGGUUUACACUUCAAGAUCAAGCCCAUCUAGGAUGGGGGUUUUUAACUUUUUGUGUCUGCUUGGGUGGUGGAGUUUUUCAUUCCCGUCAGAAGCCUUUUGUGUAAGCUAGGAAAAUAUUUUUUUAUAUACUGUGUAAGUGAUUGUCUUUAAUAAAUAUGCAGGUGAAUGCA